AUGUCGACUGCCGAACUUGCCUCGUCCUAUGCGGCGCUCAUCCUCGCCGACGACGGCGUUGAGAUCACUGCCGACAAGCUCCAGACCCUGAUCAAGGCCGCGAAGGUCGAGGAUGUUGAGCCUAUCUGGACCUCUCUGUUCGCCAAGGCCCUCGAGGGCAAGGAUGUGAAGGAGCUCCUGUCCAACGUCGGCUCCGGUGGUGGUGCCGCCGCUGCCCCUGCUGCCGGCGGUGCCGCUGCUGGCGGUGCCGAGGAGGCUCCCAAGGAGGAGGCCAAGGAGGAGGAGAAGGAGGAGUCGGACGAGGACAUGGGCUUCGGUCUCUUCGAUUAA